CUCACUGCUGAGCGCCGGAAGUAUCCUAGAUCUCAGCGCAGGGGCUCGGCGGCUAGACCGCGGGGCUGGCGCGACCAUGCCGGUCACCGGGAAGACUUUCCGCCGGCGCCGGGCCGACUCGGAGUCGGAGGAAGAUGAGCAGGACUCAGAGGAAGUUCGAUUAAAACUGGAAGAGACCCGAGAGGUGCAGAACUUGAGGAAGAGGCCCAACGGGGUGAGUGCUGUAGCCCUGCUGGUGGGAGAGAAGGUACAAGAAGAGACCACUCUAGUGGAUGAUCCCUUUCAGAUGAAGACAGGUGGGAUGGUAGACAUGAAGAAACUAAAGGAAAGGGGCAAAGAUAAGAUCAGUGAAGAGGAAGACCUCCAUCUGGGGACGUCAUUUUCUGCAGAAACCAACCGAAGGGACGAGGACGCUGACAUGAUGAAGUACAUUGAGACGGAGCUGAAGAAGCGGAAAGGGAUCGUGGAACACGAGGAACAGAAAGUUAAGCCAAAGAAUGCAGAGGACUGCCUUUACGAACUGCCGGAAAACAUCCGGGUUUCCUCAGCAAAGAAGACUGAGGAGAUGCUGUCCAACCAGAUGCUGAGCGGCAUCCCGGAGGUGGACCUCGGCAUCGAUGCUAAAAUAAAAAAUAUCAUUUCCACGGAGGAUGCCAAGGCCCGCCUGCUGGCAGAGCAGCAGAACAAGAAGAAAGACAGUGAGACAUCCUUUGUGCCCACCAACAUGGCUGUGAAUUACGUGCAGCACAACCGAUUUUAUCACGAGGAGCUCAAUGCUCCCAUACGGAGAAACAAAGAAGAGCCCAAAGCCCGACCGUUGAGAGUGGGCGACACAGAGAAGCCGGAGCCUGAGCGGUCCCCUCCCAACCGCAAGCGUCCUGCCAACGAGAAGGCCACAGAUGACUAUCACUACGAGAAGUUCAAGAAGAUGAACAGGCGGUACUGAGGGAGGCUAAAGGGGAGAGGUGCAAAGUGGGGUAUAAACAGUGUCAUUCACUCCCUUUAUUCCCCCUGAUAAAAGGCUUCCUGGACAGAAGCCUGCUCAUUGGCUAGCAGACAGUUCCCAAAACAGACUCUAUCCGUCCUGCUGCUUACCUGCUGGAUUUUUCAGGCACUGAAUUUGUAACCUUUUGAAACAAUGUGUAGUUUUCCUCUUUGGGGACAAACUCUAUUCUUGAGAGCAUUAUUAAAUCUCGUUUGUAAA